AUGGACGAUCCACAGAUCGCUCCCUUCUUGAAGAACUCACCUUCCGAUGCAGCGUUGGAACUCCACCAACCAGAGCCCGAUACUCCAAAACUCACACUCUCGCUUGAGCUACAAGGACUCACUGAGUCCAAGAUCGCCAAACGAAAAUCCAACAGCGGCCUCAUCUUCCGUAUCCAUCGGGGUACAGAGGGCCACGACCAGCCUUGCUCUUUCUACUGGUCUGACACCGUGGAUGCUUGGGGUUCCACCGGCUUACUGCUUCUGUGA